AUGCCUGGUUCACCAAGCUCCUCACUGUCCGGGGUCCUCCUUGCCUUCUUCCUGGUCCAGCUGCCAUCCAGUUACGCAGGACAGUUCAGAGUGAUGGGACCAGGACAGCCCCUCCGGGCCCUGGUUGGGGACGCAGUGGAGCUGCCCUGUCGCAUUUCUCCAGGGAAAAACGCCUCAGGCAUGGAGGUGGGGUGGUACCGGCCCCCGUUCUCAAGGGUGGUCCACCUGUACCGCCAUGGUAGGGACCAGGACACGGAGCAGGCCCCAGAGUACCGGGGCCGGACUGAGCUGCUGAAGGAGGCCAUCGGGGAGGGGAGGGUGACGCUCAGGAUCCGGAAUGUCAGGUUCUCGGAUGAGGGCGGCUUCACCUGCUUCUUCCGAGAUCACUCCUACCAAGAAGAGGCAGCGAUGGAGUUGAAAGUAGAAGACCCCUUCUUCUGGGUCAGCCCUGGCGUGCUGGUCCUCAUCGCGGUGCUGCCCGUGCUGCUCCUGCAGAUCUCCGUGGGCCUGGCCUUCCUCUACCUGCAGCACAGACUGAGAGGAAAACUUCGAGCAGAAAUAGAGAAUCUGCACCGGACUUUUGAUCCCCACUUCCUGAGGGUACCCUGCUGGAAGAUCAGCCUGUUUGUAAUCGUGCCGGUUCUCGGGCCUCUGGUCGCCUUGAUCAUCUGCUACAACUGGCUACACCGAAGACUAGCAGGGCAGUUUCUGGAGGAGCUAAGGAACCCUUUCUGAGGGAGGCUGCAUCUCGGAGCCCUGGUCCUUGGGGUGCCUCACCCAUCGAGCUGUACUCAUCCUCUCUGCAGUGGAGACAAGGAGGGCCCUGCACUUGCACAAACACCAGGA